AUGUCAAAAAUUAGGAAAAAUUUUUUAAUCAAAUUCCUCAACGAUUCAAUUUUUUAAUAAAAUUUCACAUCAACUUGUUUUAAAGAAUAUGAAGUGGAUAAUUCAAAUUUACAAUUAAAUGAAUAACCAAUUUUACUAUUUCAAGGCAUCUUCAUUUCUUUUUCUUUCUUCUUUUAUUUUGAAUUAGUCAAAAAAUCAAAAUAAAAACCAAUAUUUAACAGAGUAGAUUCUGAUCUUAGUGGAGAUGAAACUCAAAAAAAAAGAAAAGCUAAAAUUUUACACUUUUAUCCAAGACAUUUUUCUGUUUUCAAAUAAUCAUUCAAAGUAAGUUUUAUUUUUAGUAUAAAAUUUAUUCAAGAAAUAUUAUCCUUUUUUUUUCACAGAAAGUAUCAUCCUAACUAAAAGUUAUCGGUUUUUGGAACUAUGAAUCAAAAUAAGUUUGCUGAUACCAUUCUCAUUUUCGGAAAUAUCUUUUUUAGAUUAAAUUAAAAUCUAUGGAAUCUUAAAUAGAUGCUCCAAAAAUUUCUACAUAUAUCAAUUCAUUUUCUCUCCUUUUAUCCUCCUAAAAGCGCUCCAAUUAAUUCUUAUGAUUUUAAUUAAGUUUAAGAAAUCUCUUAUCCACCAUUUUAGAAAUCCUUUCAAUCAUCAUAAUUGAUUUCAAGAGUGCUUUCAAUUUUAAUGAUUCAGUAGCAUCACACGAUGAAAGGAUCAGAUAUUUGUGUUAGAAUAUAUUCUUAUGAUCUUCUAGGCUAUUCAUGCAAUUCCUUUGUCCUUAAGAACAAAGAAAAAUUUUUAAGAUUGGAGUAUAUAAACAAAUAAGAUCUUGAUUUUAUAGAUAUUAAAGUUAUCUUAAUUAUUUAUUCUUUUUGUUUAGAAAAUACUUUUAGAUUUAAAGUGUUAUCGAAUAAAUCAGAUAAGCAUUUUUAAUUUAUUCUGAACAAAAAAACAAAAAAAAUAUAAAGGUAAGGAUUUUUCUAGUUUGAGCUGGGAUACAAGAAUUUAAAGUGCUAUCAAUUCAUCCGAUAAUGA